AUGUCGGAGCCGCUUCCUCCUCCUCCUCCUCCACCUCCAAGGAGGACUUGCGGAUUCGGUGAUCCCGCAUUGGUAUUCCCUGAGUUUGCUUCAAAACAAUGCGUGCUCGAGAAAGUCCUAGAGGAAGAUGGAGAAGGAGAAGAUAGCAGCUACGGUAAAGGCUCUUUUGACCUGAGUUCAAGGUUCUCAAGCCCUUCAAUCUCUAGAAACGAGUUUGGUAUUGUCGAAAAUCCCCAAAAGGCUCCACCUUUAAAGCUUCCACCUUCUGGGUUGAGAGAAUCGUCGUUGAAACUCUCUGGCUUCAGAGAGGAAGAAGAUAUUGACCGGAGUAGAAACUCAGGCUCCUUUGUGGAUCGUAUCGGUAGAGAGGAGAAGAGAAAAUGCUCUGGAUGUUUCAGAAAAUGCUGCGCAUGCACCUGCAUGUUUCUCUCCAUUGUUCUUAUCAUUGUUUUGUUGACAGGAUUGUCUGUGAACUCUUCGAUCAAAUCUAGACUGCCUCUGGUUUUUGUCACGAACCUCAAGUUCUCGAGGCUGGAUUUCGCCAACUCAACGACGGAUCUUCUCUUGAAUGCGAACUUGAAGACGGUUCUUCAGCUUUCUAACAAAAACGACAAGACUUUGCUGUAUUACAGCCCCAUGAAAGCUUCUGUGUCUUCUGAGAACAUAAACCUCGGGCAAAAGACGCUUCUUGGAUUCACGCAAAGCCCUGGAAACGAUACUUACUUGAUGAUUCCCACCAGGCUUAGAAAGGCCAAGGUCUAUGAUGUUGAUGCUUCGUUGCUGAGGAACAAAGAGAAGAAGCUUGAAGCUGUGGUUAAUGUGUUUGUGAGUGGGAAGUUGGGUUUUGAUUGGUUGGGGUUUAGGGUUCAUUUACCAAUUGUUAUUGCGUGCGAAAAUGUGAAUCAGAGUGAUGUGAUAAAGGCACUCAAGCCCAAGUGUGAUGUUCGAAUCUUUUCCCAAUGA